AUGGAUGCAGAAACUCAAGCCGAUCAUCCCAUUUUGCAUGCACUUGUGUGCCGAAUCGUGGGACUCAUUACUCAACACGAGGAGCAGCCAGGCAAUAAUGAUGGGUCAGAUGCUGCCUCCUCCACUGGGACAUACUCGUUCGACUGUGGCGUGACUACCGAACAGCGUACUGACAAAUCGACGGUUCAAACACACACAGAGCACCUGGCUCUUCGGCUUCCGGCCGUGGUGAAUGUUCCCGUGGAGAUCAAGGCAUCAUCGAAAGACCAAAAUAAAUUGAACAAUCGCCUGGAGAAGGGUCGAAACCAAAUUGUUGGACAUUUGGCGAAGAAGCUCUACCACGCCUUUCACUUUGGUGGUGCUGGCAUUGAGGCAGCUGCAGUUGGAGUGUCGCUCUCUCAGUUGUCAAUCGAGGUCAUUGAGCUGAAGAUCACAGGACUCGGCACCAACGAUGUCAAGCUUGAGGGCAAAACGACUGGGUGCGUGCCACUUGGGAUUGACCCAGACAUGGGAAAACUCUUCGGCCUACCGACGUGGUCACCAGGCACCCCUCCUAACAACGAAGCGCCGUCCGGCUUUGCUCUUCUUGCUGGUACCUUGUUGCAUGCUGACGGCCAAGGCUUGAGAUACGGCCAAGAUACAACAAUAUCACUCUCCCAAGUGUCUCCUCUGCAAGAAGAGUUGACAUUCCAGUAUCUUGGAAGUGGCGCUUUUGCGAACGUGUUCCAACUUGGAGACAAGAGUAGCGACGAGUUCAUGAAGGUUCCACUUUCAGCGAACCGAGGACGAAGCCUAGCAACUGAAGCCAAAAUAUUGAAGAAGUUCCACAACAUUGACGGCGUUCCGACACUUUCGCUUGCAACCGAGAACGCAUUGUCAGAUCUACAGGCAACAAUUCGCGAUGAGGUGUGCCGAAUGAAGGGAUUGAGGCUGAAAGGUGUCGUUGUCAUUGCAUUGACCCAUGUUCGGAUAAAAUUCUUGUUUCGCAGCCACAAUCAUCAAACGAGUUUUUUGCGCACUCGAGGCUGCGCACAGACUUGGCGUCUAUCACCUGGAUGUGCGACCAGGCAACAUCAUUGUGAAGUGUGA